CUCCGUAAUUUUACUGCAAUUAUUAUCAUCAUUUGCUUACUUUCUUUUCUUUUCCUUUCUCUCUCUCUGACAUUUUCCCUUUCAGAUUCUUCGCUCAGAGCCCACAAAGCAUUCCAAGAUCCAACAAUGCCACACAUCCUCAGUUUCUUUUGCAAAACUAGGGCUUUUCUCUCUCUAGGUCACACUUUUUUGGCACCCGAAAUUUCUUUUUAAUUGCACAGAAAAUCACUCUCUUGCAUUCUAAUUCUCCGCCAAGUUUCAAAAUUUGGGGUUCUUGAAUUCGAUUCGGUUUGGAAAUUUUAAUUUUCGGGUCAAGAUCAGAGCUCGGAUUAUCAGUAAUUUUGAAUUCCUGUUUUUUUUGGGUUGAUUUUCGAGUGGGAUUUUGGGGGGGUUUUUGAUUUGUGGAGUUUUGGGGUGUGAAUAAUUGAUCAGUGGGUGCUGGGAUUGACAGGUGUCGGAUUUUGUGGUUUCUGAGUUUUGAGGAUUGUUGAGGUGGUGGUGGAAUUUUCAGUGUUUUUGGGUUGAAGAUUGUGAUUGGGGAUUGAUGGUAUGGUUGCUGAAAAGAUAGGGUUUUGCAUGGUUUGGCUUUGAUUUGGUAGGCUCUGCAUGUAUAAGCCAUAAGGGGUCCUCUGCUCAGUUGUGGAGGAUCCCUGUUGAAAAAAAAAAAAGAAUUGAAUUUUUAGUGUGAUUUUUGGAGGGUUCGUGAAAUUUGUGAUAAAUUGCUACGGUGGUUGAAUUGGCUGAAUAAUCAAGUCGGGAGGUGUGGAACUUCGCAUUUUUUUAUAUCGGUUUCGUGUGGCUCUGUAAAGAUUUGGGUGGAAAUGUUCGGUUCUGUUCCGGAUAGGGGGCAUGAAAGCAGUGGAGUUUCGGUACCGGUUUUGAUUCCCUGGUCAUUUGUGUGGCGUCAUGGGGGAAGAAGCGUGUCUCUUUGUGGUUCUUUCACGAGGUGGUCAAGAUGUAUACCUAUGUCUCCGGUAGAGGGAUGCGAUGAUAUAUUUCAAGUUCUUUGCAACUUGACACCUGGACAUCACCAGUACAAGUUUUGUGUUGAUGGAGUGUGGAGGCAUGACGAGAGCCAGCCCUUUGUAAGGGGGGAUUAUGGGUUAGUGAAUACCGUCGUUUUAGCUAGUCAACCAGAUGUGAUUACUUCUACUUUUAGUCCUCAGACACCUGGCAGAUCCAACAUGGAUGUGGAUUAUGAUGACAAUAUGCCUGUGGCCACUUUGUCACAUGGUACUUUGCAAGAAGCUGUUCCAAGGAUAUCAUCACCUGAUCUAGAGGUUUCUCGCCACCGUAUAUCCGUGUUCUUGUCUGCACAUACUGCUUAUGAGUUGCUUCCUGAGUCAGGCAAGGUCAUUGCCCUGGAUGUUAACUUACCCGUGAAGCAAGCAUUUCAUAUUCUCUAUGAACAGGGAAUUUCUGUGGCUCCUCUCUGGGAUCUUUGCAAGGGUCAGUUUGUUGGAGUUCUUAGUGCGUUGGACUUCAUCCUAAUUUUGAGAGAGCUUGGGAAUCAUGGAUCAAACUUGACGGAGGAAGAGCUUGAGACACAUACUAUAGCAGCUUGGAAAGAGGGAAAAUUACAUAUUACUGGAGCAAUGGAUGGCAAUGGGGAAUCAUUCCCUCGGCGGCAUCUUGUUCAUGCUGGGCCUUAUGAUUGUCUGAAAGAUGUUGCUUUGAAAAUUUUGCAAAACAAGGUGGCUACGGUUCCCAUCAUCCAUUCUUCACUGGACAGUUCUUUUCCACAGCUACUGCAUCUUGCUUCUCUGUCUGGAAUACUAAAAUGUAUCUACAGAUAUUUUAGACAUUCUUCUAGCUCCUUGCCCAUUCUUCAACAACCGAUUUGUUCAAUUCCUUUGGGUACGUGGGUUCCAAAAAUUGGGGAAUCAAAGCCAUUUGCAAUGUUGAGGCCAAAUGCCUCUCUUAGCGCUGCUCUAACUUUAUUGGUUCAAGCUGAAGUUAGUUCGAUACCAAUAGUGGAUGAUAAUGGCUCGUUGGUGGAUAUAUAUUCACGAAGUGAUAUCACCGCUUUGGCAAAAGAUAAAGCAUAUGCACAUAUUCAUCUUGAUGAAAUGAGUAUUCAUCAGGCACUGCAAUUAGGGCAAGAUGCAAAUUCUCCUCAUGGCUUCUUCAAUGGACAGAGAUGUCAAAUGUGUUUGCGAUCUGAUCCACUGCACGAAGUGAUGAAACGGUUGGCAAAUCCCGGGGUUAGGAGACUUGUAAUUGUGGAGGCUGGCAGCAAUCGUGUGGAAGGUAUAAUAUCAUUGAGUGAUGUGUUCAACUUCUUGCUAGGUUAGCUAGAAUUGUUGGCUGGCAUUUCGCGCAUCACUGGGUUGACCAUGGUGCCAUUGGGGGAAGUACCAUUGUUUUAUUGACAUCUUGUAUCUUUGAGCUACGCUUUCCUUCCCAUUGUGAAAGGUCUAAUUUGUCUCUCCAUGUCAUGGUUUGACGAGCCUCAUGCUUCUGAGUUUCACUCCCUUUUUUAGGAUAGAAAA